GGGCCAAACCUGCCAACUUGUCAACCAAGCAUUCAAAAUGUCGAUGUUCAGACCGAAGAAACUAGACCUUGGCGGCUUUAUCAAUGCCCGCGUCGUUCGCGAUUACACCAAGCGCAAGGUCUUCGAGCAGCAUGAACCCGAAAGACAAGCUCUUCGUUACAUCAUUCGCAACACUUCCCUGCCGCAGCGUGUCCGCGCCCAGGCCCAGCUCCAGCUCGCGCAGAUGCACGCCUACACUCGUUCCACCCAGAUCAAGAACCGAUGCGUUGCAGGAGGUAUCGCGAGAAGUGUUUUCCGCGACUUUAGAAUUGCUAGAUACCAAUUCCGGUUACAAGCUUUGGCCGGCGAGCUUCCUGGAGUGAAGAAGGCAAGCUGGUAAUGCUAUUCUGGAUGGAUUCUGUAUAUUGUUGAGCAUGAAAUUUCCGGCCCGGCCGCUUUUCGUCAAGGCGUUUAAUUUAUG